AAGGGAACGCUGAAGGUUGGCGGCAAGCCAACAGGAUCCAGCUGAAGGGCAGAGGGGAUGUGAGAGGAGACCCCCAGGGGCCAGACCGGAGGUGGUUGAAAGUUUAUGUUUGUAAGAAGAGCUUGGGACUAAGUUGCAAAGUGUGUUGACUGGGCAUUAUUAAAGUUCCUGAUGCAAACACCCUUGCCUGUGCAAGUUUGUUACUCACGAGGAGUCAGUUUCCUAAGCUAGAGGCUCAGGAUGCAGCCGGCCACGCCUGCCCCGCCCACAUUGGUGGAGAAUGCGGGCAACGCCCCUAGGGCGGGGCCACGGCCUACCCAAGAACAGUUAUUUACCUGGUUCGGAGAGCAACAGCAACUUUUAAUGCAACAUGUCUCUGCCCAGCAAACGAGGGUUCUGGAGCAAGUCUGCUCGGCCCAACAAGCAGCCCAAGCGCAGUUAGUCUCUAAAUUGGCAGAGUUAUGGAGGUUACCACAAGCGCAAGCAGUGGAAGGCCGUGGACUAACCUGGACUGGAGGGUUGAACCCGCUGAAGUUAAUGAAAAUGGGCCCACAAGAUGAUGUGGAGGCUUUCCUAAACACAUUUGAACGAGUAGCCAUGGCAGCUCAGUGGCCUCAGGAGGAGUGGGCCUUAAUUUUGACACCUUGCCUGACGGGUCCUGCUCAAGAGGCCGUAGAUACCAUGGCUUUAGAGGAUGCCUGGGACUAUGAUAAGGUAAAGGCGACCAUCCUGCAGACCUUGAAUAUCUCAGAAGAGACUUAUAGGAUGCGGCUCAGAGACCUACAUUGGAAGGUGGGGAUGCAUCCCCGCACCUUGGGCCAGAAGAUACGGGCUAGCGGGCUAAGGUGGUUAAAACCGACGGAGAGAACGGCUGCAGAGGUAGCAGAACUCGUACUGGUAGAGCAAUUUGUGGGAGGUUUGCCUUGUCAGGCCCGGAAUUGGGUGCGGUGCCAUCGACCCAAAGACCUAGAGGCGGCAGUAGGCCUGAUGGAAGCAUUCACUUGUGCAGAGGAGAAUGAAGGGGCCAGACUUCGCAGAGGCCCUGAAGAUAUUCCCAUCCGUGGGGGACGGAGUCCAGUGGGAAGUGGGCGUGCUCUGGGAAGACCCGUCUCUGGCGGUCCGAGGGCCAGGGAGGAGCCCGCCCCACCAAAAGCUGAGGUAGAAGGAGUGAGACCAGUUACAGGUGGGUCAGAGGGCGUUGGUGUUGCUCCCGGCCCAGAAGGCUAAAUUGUUCGCUAGGUGGCAAGGGCCCUAUGAAGUGGUCAGGCGGGUGGGUCCAGU